UUCUGGUAUCAUCACCUGGUUAAAACCUAAGGGAAAAAAUGAUGACCCCAUAUAGGGGAAGAGGCCGCGGCUAUGGCCGUGGUGGAAGAGGGAGUAACAAUAUGUUACCCCAACCUGAAUCAAACAUUCCUCUAAUAGGGGAUUGGACUACAGUUUACAAAGGAAGAAAAAUGCAGCAAUUACCUGCAUCUUCCUCAAAAAAGGAAGAUAUUGCUUCCUCAUCUAAUAAAAAUACUUCCUACAAGGAAAUUGCGGUUAAUAACCCACCUCAAGAACAACUGGAUUAUUUUGAAAAUCCAGUAACUGAAAAAAUCAUGUAUGUUGAUGAUGAAGAUAUUAAGAUAAAUCCAAAUGAUGGAUGGUCUAUCAAAACAAGAUACCUCGAAUCACGAGGAUAUCCAGGUCUUCAUGGAAAAUCUAGGCCUCACCUAGAAAUUCUUUUGACUGUUACCGAAUCGGUAACAAUAACCCAUCACUACCAAAACAAUAACCCCGAAAGUUUUAUAAACUUCAGUAAAUGCCAUAUUAAUAAAAUCUUGUUACCAAGAGAAUGGGGUCUCAACCCAAAUGGUGAAAAAGCAAUAAGAAUUGCUGAAGGAAAGUAUAUUUACUUUAAUUAUUGGGACUAUGUCCAAGCUUUUACUCAAGCUUUUUAUUACCAAAAUCCUAAGAAUAAGCAUUCUUGGUUCUUCUCUAUUAAUCCAGAAUUGAUUAAUAGACCAGUACCAAAUUGGUUUUAUGAAUGGUGGACAAAAUUUGGUCCGUCUUUGGAAAUUCUACCCAAAGAAUUACUUGACUUGUACAACCCCUGGUGUGAUAAUAGUCCACUUAUCAUAAAUAUUUUAUCUGAAAAUUUAAUCACAGGACAAUGUCCGUUUUUAUUCUUUGCCAAAUUUCAGAUUCCUUGGAUAUGGAGGUGGUCUAUCACCAUGUCUCAAGAUAAAUUCAAUAUUCCCAUUUUAGAAAGAAAUUUCUUUUAUAAAUGGUGGAACAAGAUGAGUUCCGAAGAGAUCCAAAAUAAAAUUAUUAUGAUUCAAGCAGCCAUAGCUGAAGAUCAAAAUAAAAAAGCCAAAGAGCAAAAUUCCCAACAAAUGUCCAUGGGAAAUUUGAAGAAUUUCUUCCAAAGAAAAUAUCCAAAUGAAACAGAAGAAGAAAUUAUGGUUAGAACGCUGGAUUAUAUGAAGAAUCAGUUCUUCUCCACUUUUCCAACAAAAACAUCAAGAGAUGAAAAUUCAUCUAUGAAGACUAGCUCUUCUAUGGGAUCCAUGGAUUCCAAUAAUUUUGAUUGUUUGGCAGGAGAAACCCAAGCAGAGGACCCUACUGCUGAAGAUUUUUGGGAUGCCAUGAUUCAAUCCAUGGCUCAAAAGGCAAAGGAUAAAGCCAAAAGAUAGUAGAAUCUCAAGACAUAUAGAAAUGGACAAGAAAGCAUCUUUUCUUGUCGGCCAUUUCAAAAACCAAGUCAAGAUGAGAAUCUUAUCUUAUGGGAAAAAACAAUGCUAAAGACAAAAGCAAAGAUAGGAAGGAAUCUUAUCUCGGUAGAAGGCCCAUGCAAGCAUCUUUUGUUGGACCAUGCAAGCAUCUUUUGGAAUAGUAACAGAAAAUUUCCUGCUUUUGUAAGAUAGUUUGUUUUUUGUGAAUUAUUAUUGUGACGAUGGGGCCCAAUGUGUACCCGGCAUUAAUAAUUCUUCUAUGUUUUUGUAACCGGCUAUCGUAGGUAGCUUUUACCGGCUUGAAUAGUAAGCCUUUGUAUCCCUAUAUAAAGGGAAUAUCGUUUCGUUUGUAAGCACGCAAUUUUCAAUAAUAUAACAAAGU